AUGCAGACUCUCCAUACCCACCCGCGGAUGUAUGCGACAGAGUCACGGCGCGAGGAAUUGCAUUCGCACAGGCGGUCGUACAUGUACACCGUGCCUCAACGGACCUACCUGGUGGCAGCCCCACCGUCGACCAUCCAUCACACAACACGGCGACCUUCGCGAACCAAGUUUUUUAACAAGCGACCGCCGCCCAGGCCCACAACGUCGGCGGCAUCGUCGUGGCUCAGCAGACUCACCAUGUCCUGGAUGAACCCUCUCUUCCGUCUGGGCAAGUCCAACCCGCUAGAACUCGACGACAUCCCGGCGCCCUCCCCAGGCGAUUGCACGUCCCACGUUAUGGCUAGGUUCAAUCCUAUUUGGGCAGCAGAGCAGCGGCGCGCGUCGCCGAGCCUGUUUCGAGCACUGUUGCGAUCGUUGCUGCCCCAGUUGAUCCACGCCACAGUGUGCCACGUAUUAUACUUGGUCAUGAGCUUGCUCAUGCCGUCAAUGAUCCAAGGCAUCAUACAGUACCUAGAAGAUACGUCCAUCAACCCCGUCAACGGUCUGCCGUACAAGCACCCGUACGCUGGGUACAUGUUUGCGGCGAUUCUGUCGCUGCUCACGUUUGCGUCCGUGACCAUGCUUGGCUACGCGUGGAACGUCAAUAUUCAGCUAAGUACCCACGCCCGCACCAUCAUUAUGGACGUCGUCUUCACGAAAGCGAUGCGGGCCAACCUCACGACCACGUCGUUCUCGCCGGGCGACAUCCUCACGUUUGCCACAGUGGACUCGGAGCGAGUAUUUCACGGGCUCACGUUGAUUUGCUACGUCGCGCUGUCCCCCAUCGCCCUAGUCGUCGUGUUUGUGUUGGUCGGGAAUCACUUUUGCCUCUACUCUGCGUUGGCGGGGGCCGCCACCAUGACGCUGUUCCUGCUCUCCGCGGCGCUCGUGUCCAAAUGGAUCGGCUCGUGUCGAGCCAAGCUACUCGAAGCUAGCGCCGCCCGCAUGAGUCAUACCCAGGAGAUCCUCCACGGUAUCCGUGUCGUCAAGAUGUACGCGUGGGAGCCACACAUGACCCAGUCACUGGCGGCGCUCCGGCACGUCGAACUCAAGCUGCUGCGGACGUUCCAGCUCGUGUGCAAUAUCAACAUCGACCUCUUCGUGCUCGCACCUAUUUUUACAACUGUGACAGUGUUUGCCGUGGCGUUGAAGUUUGGUGAGGAAGGCUGCGUUCGGUCAGACGAAACGGCCGCCGUCGUGUCCUUGAUGAUGGUCGCCAGGUUUCCCUGCAAUAUCUUUUCGUCGUCGGUGCGGUAUCUAGCCGAAGCCGUGCUGAGCUGCCGCCGCGUACAAGCCUUCCUGGUCGCCAAUGGCGGUGACUUUGAAGCUAAAGGGGGGGGCAGCAAUCCCCACAAUAUGACCAACGCCACCACGGCCUUCAACGUAUCCACUUUGACUGCCGGAUCACCUUCGAUGAACCCCCCGUCCCCCAUCUUCCAACUCCGUGAUGGGUUUUUCACAUGGACCCCCCAUGCCGCCGUCGACGAAAAAAAUACACCCCCUCCCGUGCCCCCCAAUGUUGCUGAUACCCACCCCCUUCGUGCCCUGCUUGUCCCCCCCUCGUCGCAGUCUCCAGAUUCCGCCUGCCAUUUGCACCAUAUCAACGUGACCCUGCAGCCACAGACGCUCACGAUUGUCGUGGGUGCCGUGGGCAGUGGCAAAUCCAGCCUUCUUCGCGCCUUCCUUGGCGACAUGCCAUCUAUCCCCCCAAACCCCCAAUCCAGCAUGCGACACGUGUCUGGCGUUAUAGCAUACGCCGGCCAAGAGCCGUGGUUGGUGCAUGACAACGUCCGCAACAACAUUUUGCUCACGCAGCCCUUCAGUGCUACCGCCUACACCCGUGCAGUCCACGCUUGUGGGCUGUCGCCUGACUUUUUGGCCAUGGCCCAGGGCGAUCUGACGGAAAUCGGCGAGCGCGGCGCGACUCUCAGUGGUGGCCAGCGUGCCCGCGUGAACCUGGCGCGCACACUGUAUCGCAUCAACGACGCCGACUUGUUCCUGUUGGACGACCCGCUGAGUGCGUUGGACGUCACCGUGGCCAACAACGUGUUUAACCGGACGCGGGAGGCUCUCAAACACAAAACGACACUGCUCGUGCUCAAUGGCCACCAUCAUUUGCUACAACAUGCGGAUCGAAUUCUGGUCAUGGCAAACGGCACAAUUGUCGCGGACGGAUCGUUUGCGGCCUUGCAAGAAGAGUUCAAGUUCCCCUUGUCCGUGGAUAAGACAAAAGACGAAGCCUCGAAACACGUUGAACAGGUCCAAGACAAAGUGGAUCAAGGAGACGACGAGGCCACCGACGAGGGGGAGGAUGGGCGGAUGUCCGCCCUGAUGCAAACGGAGCAACGGGCCAAGGGCUCCGUGUUGCUCCAAGUGUUUUGGAGGUACUUUGGCUUGAGUGGGUGCCUGCCCUGGCUCAUUGUCGCCACGUUGCUGGGAUCGUAUACACUGUACCAAGUCGUGUACUACGUUGCCGACUGGAUCCUCAACACCAAAGUGUCCAUCGUCGAUGCCACCACACUGGCGGACUCGUCUUCGUACGGCCACCUGUACAUGUACUUGUGUCUGGCGUGCGUGACCGUGUUGCUCUCAUUAGCCAAGGACAUGUAUGUUAUUUACAUCUCGACGUUGUGUGCGACGACGUUGCACUCACGCGCAGUGGACGGGGUGCUGGGCGCGUCGAUUACUGGCUUCUUUGACCGAACUUCGUCUGGAGGCAUGCUAAAUCGGUUUUCGAGCGACGUGGCCGCCGUGGACAUUGACUUGCCGUACUUUGGGUACCAGUUUCUCACCGACUUGUUUCAAACGCUGAGUAUUCUGGUCGUGUUGGCGUACUUUAUGCCGCUGCUCAUGUUGUUGUUCGUGCCCGUGGGGUACUUGUUUGUGUCGUAUCAGCUGUACAACCUCAUCACAGCCAACGAGCUCAAGCGCCUCGACCUUGGCAGUCGGUCCAAAGUGAUCACCCUCCUCACAGACGUUCUGGACGGGCAGGCUACGCUCCGUGUGUACGAUCCUGCCAUUGUUCACACAGCCUUCACAGCACGCUACCGCCACGCUUGCGAUACCAACACUAAGUGCUACCUCGCGUACUGGCUCUCUGGCACGUGGUUGGAAAUUCGACUCGGGUGGGUCUCGUCUAUCGUGGUCUCGGCCGUGUCAUUUCUGUGCGUGGGGCUCUCGUCUAGUUUGGACGCCAAGAGCGCGAGCUUGGUACUGAUCUACGUCAUGAGUUUAAGUGCCAACAUUCAAGAAGUGCUGCGCGCGGUGGGGUAUGUGCAGACAUACAUGACGUCCGUGGAGCGCCUCUUGCAGUACCACACGCUUCCCCACGAAGAAGAAGCGACCAAAAGCCGGUCCGUUGUUUCGCCUCUCCCCCCGCUGUCGAAAGGCCAACUGGCACAGUGGCCUCGCAGUGGCCUCCUAAGGUUUCAAUCGUACAGCAUGCGGUAUCGGCCAUCGCACCCGUUGGUGUUGAACAACCUUUCGUUUACGAUUGCCUGUGGGGAGCACGUAGGGAUCUGUGGACGGACGGGGUCGGGCAAGAGCUCGACGGUGGCGGCCCUCGCUCGGCUCGUCGAAGGGGAAGGCGAUGGGGCGGUGUACUUGGACAAUGUCAACAUCGCGUCGGUUCCGCUGCAUGUGCUCCGGUCCAAGCUAACGAUCAUCCCUCAAAGCCCCGUGAUGUUUUCCGGCACGUUGAAAUUCAAUUUAGACCCGACCAACACCCACUCAGACGACCGACUGAAUGCCGUGCUGGCCACCGUGCACCUGAAAGAUGUUAUGACCCUCGAUACAUGGAUCCACGACAGCGGCACAAACCUGUCGGUGGGCCAGCGGCAACUGGUGUGUAUCGGCCGAGCCUUGCUUCGGCAAAGCAAGGUGGUGGUGCUGGACGAAGCCACCGCCCACGUCGAUGGCGCGGCAGAAGCGCUGCUCCAAGAAACCCUCGGACACGCGUUCCAGCACACGACGACCCUGACGAUCGCCCACCGGCUCGACACGAUCAUGGACAGCGAUCGCAUCUUGGUGCUGGAUAAAGGCUCGGUCGUCGAGUUGGACUCCCCCGCCAAGCUGUUGGCCGACCCCUCCAGCGCGUUUUACAGUUUGGUGCACCAGUCGUCUUGAGGGUAGUACGAUAGAUAGAUUGUCAUGGGGUACUGUAGUUAGUAAUAUAACGACCUCUGAGGAAUCCAGGGACAGGACUAAUACAGUAUAAAGUGGA